GGUCGUUUAAAUACCCCCCUUUGCACACUGUCCAUCCAGCAAAGCCUAGUAAUUUGAUACGAAAUGUCGGUCCAUCUUUCUAAAAAAGAUGCAUUCCACAAGCGGUUGCUUGCAGAGUAUCUGCGGUUAUUACGAACCUAUCCGAUAAUUACAAAAUCCCUGACAAGUGGAGCCAUUUCAUCAGUCAGCAACAUCGUAGCACAAAAACUCUCCGGAGGCUGGAAGGCGCCGAUAGCCUGGAGAAACAUAGGAGCAUUUGCUGCCACUGGAAUUUUCUACACGGGUCCCAUCACACAUUACUUCUAUCGAUGGCUUGAGGCACUAGUACCAGGCAAAGACAAAGUCUCUCAGAUCUUGAAGCUGAUCGUGGACAGACUAUUCAUUGCCCCGCCCUUCCUGCUGGGAUAUCUCUACUGCAUCAGGAGGUUUGAGGGCAAAAGUCACCAGACUGCAGUGGAGUUUCUCAAGCAGGCCUACUGGACAGUACUCAAGUUGAACUGGAAGGUCUGGACCAUCGUCCAGUAUGUCAACAUCAACUAUGUCCCACUCCAGUAUCGGGUGCUCUUUGCAAGUUCUGUUGCCUUCAUCUGGUCUCUCUACAUAGCCGUCUUAAGUGGGACUUAGUAACAUCUGGACAAAGAAGGCUGUCAACUGAGUUGAAGAAGGCCAUCAACUGAGUUGAAGAAGGCCAUCAACUGAGUUGUGCAGUCCUGAAGAUUUUGUUGUAGGUGCCAAUUGAUGAUUCAUCCACAACUCGCGUCAGAUCUUGCAAAGGCUAACGGGAUUAAAAGUUGUUAGCUACAACCUUGUAAAUGUAAAUUUAUGCAAGGCUGAUUCUGAAAAAAAAUGUUGAAGUGCUGAUAAAGAGAAUCAUUGCUCUUUGAAUGACAGUUCCAAAAGUAACCAUCAUUCUCAGAUGUGAUGUAAAAGUACGAUUUUGUUGGCACAAUCUGUCAUAAAGGCAUAUAUAGAAGCGAGUAGUAAUAGUGGUGCAACAAUGAAAGUUACUCAUUUUCACAAUACAAUCCAGAUUAUUAGAAUAACAAAGGCCCAUUGUUGUACCAUGCAAAUGCGACUCCAAGGCUUACUGCCGACCCAUAACUAAGGACCAAAUUAAAGUGUUCCAGCUCCGGUGAGUCAGUGGACAGUCACUGAAAAGAACCCUUACAUGCUGGCAAGACUCAUUU